UUCACACUAUAGUAAUUUUCAAUUUAUUUUUCAUUGCAGGUAUUGAGCCUUUUGAGGUGCUUUUUCAGUGUUUGGUUGCACAAUUACUGUUCAAGACAAUGCCCGAGUUGGUGAUUCACACGAGUGUAUCUAGGAACAAGAUCACGCCAACUGUCUUGACAUCUUUGAGCAAAACCUUGGCAGGGACAAUUUGCAAACCAGAGCAGUAUUGCACGGUGAGAGUGGUGCCAGACCAGCUUAUGGUGUUUGGUGGUAAGGCUGAUGCCUGCGCACAGGCAACACUCAUGAGCAUUGGGCACCUGGGAGUUGAAGAAAAUAAAGCUCAUGCUGCUGUAAUUUUUGAAGCUGUUGAAAAGCUUUUGGGGGUUCCUCAAGACAGGAUGUACUUGACAUUUGUGGACAAAGCUUCCUCUGACGUGGGGUACAAAGGCACUACCUUCCACACCAUCAUGGGCAAGUAAAGCAGCUCCCUAUGCCCCCCAGCCGGGCCCUGAUCAAUGUUGGUUCUUGGGCUUGUCCCAACUACUCUCUACCGUCACGGCCUAAUUUCAUAAUAUUAAACUUUGACAAAACACAA